AUGACGACUGCAGCAUUAUCUCAGGAUUGUGUAGCAAUUGGAUGGAGCAAGGGGGACGAGGGACUACAGCAGCAGCAGCAGCAGCAGGACGGGACAAAUCUAAAUCUGGAGAGCUGUCAGGCGACAGAAGGUCAUAUGUCCUUAGUGCAGGGAGCUAGUCAACAACAAGAGCAACCCCCAGUGGGAUCGAGCAUUGAGAAUCCGGGUCCUGUGGGAAAUGAGAUAUCUAUCGACCAAGCGGAACUGUGGAUCAAGGCAUGCAGAGAACUACGACUAUCUCAGGAAAAGAGUCUACAAAAGACAUUGUUGACCCAAGUGAACGUCAGGGCCGCGGGUGAAGACUGUACUUUUUGGACUCUCAAGGGCAACAUGCUCGCUUCGCUUCUAUUAGGCACAGCAACUAUGGCGCGUUAUCUUCUCCCGACUGCGCCUUGGAAACAACUCUGCAGCACGUACCACAGUCACCACCACCACCAUCACCACCAUCAAUCCCUAAAUAACACUUUAACCUUGCCCCAUGACUCCUCCAUCGCGCUCCAGAUACUCCCACUUGCACCAACGCUCUUCCUCUCCGGGAUCCAAUUCUUCACCGCCCUCAGGACCUACUGGACCCUGCAGCAGAUCGAACAACAGACACAGCUGCAACGGACCAUGACCCGACGGACAAAGCUCCUGACCACACAACUGUCAUUACGGGAACAGCGACUGAUCUAUCUGCUGCAUCAGAUCAAAGCUACUCACCUCCCGAACGCGAGCCUUCCCUCAUCAACAUUAUCAUCAUCACUAUCAUCACCAUCAUCGUCCUUGGUCUCGAACCCGGGAUCUUUGGGGCAGUCGCGUCCACAGGGAUCUGUCGGUGGUUCAGAAAGACCAAGAAGAUCUAGGGUCGCCCCGUGUAGGACGGGUGAUGAUGGUUCUGUGGGGGAUCGUCAGCCAUCAGAAGAGAUACGACAGCAUGGAUUAAAUGAGGCCGCGUGGGCGAUGGAGCCGAAUCUGAGGCUGUUGAACCUGGGUCGGCUCCUGAGGGAUCCUGCAGAGCGAUCUAGGGUGUUGAGGAGGGAGCUGGAAGCACUUAGAGAGGACCUUGUCUUCUUCCGAGGUGAAUAA